GGUGAUCUCCCUUCGCGAUGCAAAGAUGGCGAGCCUGCUCCCUCCUCCAGGCAUUAAGGUUUUCCGUCCAUUCACCCAGAAGUCACUGGCGGAAAUCAAGAGGCUCGCGGAGGAAAACAAAGAAUCCACAGAAGGCCAUGACAAGGGAGAACCAGUGGGUCCACACCGUGAUCUGGAAGCUGGAAAAAGUCUGCCCCAAAUCUAUGGAGAUCCUCCUCCAGAACUCUUAAACACGCCUCUGGAGGACCUGGACCCCUUCUACAAAGCCCAGAAUACAUUUGUCGUGAUCAGCAAAGGGAAUACCAUCUACAGGUUCAACGCUGAGCCGGCUUGUUACAUUCUCAGCCCCUUUAGUGUGAUCAGGAGGGGAGCAAUCAAAAUUCUCAUACAUUCAUAUCCUUUUCUCAUGUUCAUCAUGAUUACCAUUCUGUCAAACUGUGUAUUCAUGACGAUGAGUAACCCACCAGCAUGGAGUAAAACUGUUGAGUAUGUCUUUACGGGAAUCUAUACUUUUGAGGCAACAGUCAAAGUGUUGUCGAGAGGUUUCUGUAUUGGUUCUUUUACAUUCCUUCGAGAUCCAUGGAACUGGCUGGAUUUCAUGGUGAUCAGCAUGGCGUACGUCACUGAGUUUGUUGACCUUGGCAAUGUGUCAGCCCUCAGGACAUUUCGAGUACUUCGAGCCCUAAAAACAAUUACCGUAAUACCUGGUCUAAAAACGAUUGUUGGCGCUUUAAUCCAGUCUGUGAAAAAAAUGGGGGACGUCAUGGUACUGACCGUCUUUGCCCUUGCAGUUUUUGCUCUCGUCGGCCUUCAGCUUUUCAUGGGAAACCUGCGUCAAAAAUGCGUGCGAUGGCCCAUUCUGUUAAACGAGACAUUGUUAGGAGUUUUCAACUCUACCUCUGCUUUUAACGACACAAUGUACUUCAACUUUACUGUGGAUGUCAAUGCGUCGUUAUACUCUAACAGUACUUUUGAUUUUAAGGAGUAUAUUGAAAACCCAGACAAUCAGUAUUUUAUUGAAGGCAGCCGUGAUGCUCUGAUUUGUGGCAACAGCUCUGAUGCUGGAAAGUGCCCUGAAGGAUACACGUGUAUGAAGGCUGGAGGGAAUCCUAACUAUGGUUACACCAGUUAUGACUCCUUCGGAUGGGCCUUCCUCGCUCUGUUCCGACUCAUGACGCAGGACUUCUGGGAGAACCUUUUUCAACUGACUCUACGAGCAGCUGGUAGGACAUACAUGCUGUUCUUCGUGGUGGUUAUCUUUUUGGGCUCCUUCUACCUCAUCAACCUCAUCCUGGCUGUGGUUGCCAUGGCUUAUUAUGAGCAGAAUCAAGCAACUCAACUGGAGGCCAUCGAAAAAGAGAAAGAGUUCCAGCAGCUUUUAGAACAACUCAAAAAUCAAGAACAGGUGCAGUUUUAUGGAAGCAGAGCUACUCUGACCAGUAAGACGUCUUUAAGUCAACACACAUUUUCUGUGCUGGAAAAAGAUGAACAGGAUCUCAAACAUGGGGAGACUGUGAAUGAUUGCAACGGAAGAGUUAUUCCUCGCUUGAUGAUCCGAGCUCCCACCAUGGAAGAGUCUGCCCAAAUUUAUGAAGACAAAGAGAAGUCACUGAGCUCCAUGCACAGCACCCUUCAUCUGGAUGAACCUGGCUUAAAACAGAGAUCUUCCAGUGCUGCGACUGUGCUCUCUGCUGUAGAAGAGCUGGAGGAAGCUCAGAGACCCUGCCCACCAUGCUGGUACAAAUUUGCAGACAUGUUCUUAAAGUGGGAUUGCUGUGACACCUGGGUUGUUUUAAAAAAGUGGGUAAACUUUGUGGUGAUGGAUCCCUUUGUUGACCUCGCUAUUACAAUAUGCAUCGUUCUCAACACCCUUUUCAUGGCGAUGGAGCACUACCCUAUGACGAAAGAGUUUAAUGACAUGCUUUCAGUUGGAAAUCUGGUUUUUACUGGGAUUUUUGCAGCUGAAAUGUUUUUCAAGCUUAUCGCCAUGGAUCCCUACUAUUAUUUUCAAGUUGGCUGGAAUAUUUUUGACAGUAUAAUUGUCACUCUCAGCCUGGUGGAGUUGGGACUGGCAAACGUCCAGGGGUUGUCUGUCCUAAGGUCUUUCCGUUUGCUUCGUGUCUUCAAACUGGCAAAGUCUUGGCCCACGCUCAACAUGCUUAUCAAGAUUAUUGGUAACUCAGUGGGAGCUUUGGGAAACCUGACCUUGGUGCUGGCCAUCAUCGUCUUUAUUUUUGCAGUAGUGGGCAUGCAGCUCUUUGGAAAGAGCUACAAGGACUGUGUUUGUAAGAUCUCUGAAGACUGUGAGCUGCCACGCUGGCACAUGAACGACUUCUUCCACUCUUUCCUCAUCAUUUUCCGUGUUCUGUGCGGCGAGUGGAUCGAGACCAUGUGGGACUGCAUGGAAGUGGCCGAACCUGCGAUGUGCUUAAUCGUCUUCAUGAUGGUCAUGGUCAUUGGAAAUCUAGUGGUUUUGAACCUCUUCUUGGCCUUGCUACUCAGUUCAUUCAGUGGAGACAACCUCUCAGCGGUGGAUGACGACGGAGAGAUGAACAAUUUGCAGAUUGCUAUUGGGAGGAUCUCACGAGGCAUUGAGUGGUUAAAAGGAUUUAUCGUACAACGAAUCCAGCAUGUACUCGGUAAACGAUUCAAGGACACUGAUAAGGACAUCAUGGAUGAUGUCAAGAAUAAAACUGAGGAAGUUGAAAUGAACCAUUUGGAUUCCCGUCUGGCUUUUAAAGCCCCUGAUGGGAUAUUAGAUGACCCAGUGCAAAGCCAACCCACAGGAUUCACUGUGGAUGAAGAUUUCACUUUGAACGUGCCAAUUGCUGAAGGAGAAUCUGAUUAUGAAAAUCUGAGUGACGAUUAUGAGGAUGAUGAGGACGAUACAGAAGAUAGUGAUCUUUCUGAGAAUAGAUACUAAUGCAAUUCUUUACUUUUUACCAUAAAUGAGCAUGAUGACGGGGAUUCUUCAGUCUGCAGCACAGCUGACUAUCAACCGCCGGAGCCUGAGCCUGAAAAAGAGGAGGAGGAAGAACCGGAACCACCGGAGCCAGAGGCGUGCUUCACUGACAACUGUGUGAGCAAAUGGCCAUGUCUGACUGUGGAUAUAACCAGUGGCAAAGGGAAAAAAUGGUGGAAUCUUAGAAAAACGUGUUUCAACAUAGUGGAGCAUGACUGGUUUGAAACCUUCAUCAUCUUCAUGAUCCUCCUCAGCAGCGGCGCUCUGGCCUUUGAAGAUAUAUACAUAGAAAGACGACGAACCAUUAAAAUAAUUCUUGAAUAUGCAGACAAGGUUUUCACCUACGUGUUUGUCAUUGAGAUGCUCCUUAAAUGGGUUGCAUACGGCUUCAAGGCCUAUUUCACCAACGCUUGGUGUUGGUUAGACUUCUUCAUCGUGGAUGUUUCCUUGAUUAGUUUAGUUGCAAACUGGAUUGGCUACUCUGAUCUUGGUCCGAUCAAAUCCCUGAGAACCCUCAGAGCGCUAAGGCCUCUUCGAGCGCUAUCAAGAUUUGAAGGAAUGAGGGUAGUGGUUAAUGCUCUGGUUGGAGCGAUUCCCUCCAUCUUCAAUGUACUCCUGGUGUGUCUGAUUUUCUGGCUCAUCUUCAGCAUUAUGGGGGUUAAUUUGUUUGCGGGGAAGUUCUAUCGAUGCAUCAACACGACCACAGAGGAGCUUUUCCCUAUAUCUGAGGUCAACAAUCGAAGUGAGUGCUUGGCCCUUCAAGAAGCCACACAAGAAGCUCGCUGGGUUAACGUCAAAAUUAACUAUGACAAUGUUGGCACGGGCUACCUCUCCCUGCUUCAAGUGGCAACUUUUAAAGGGUGGAUGGACAUAAUGUAUGCUGCUGUUGACUCAAGAGAGGUUGAGGAGCAACCAUCUUAUGAAAUCAACCUUUACAUGUACAUCUAUUUUGUCAUCUUCAUCAUUUUUGGUUCUUUCUUCACCCUAAAUCUUUUCAUCGGUGUCAUCAUUGACAAUUUCAACCAACAAAAGAAAAAGUUUGGAGAUGAAGACAUUUUUAUGACAGAUGAACAGAAAAAAUACUACGAGGCCAUGAAGAAACUCGGUUCAAAGAAGCCACAGAAGCCAAUUCCACGACCAAAGAACCCGGUCCAGGGCAUGGUGUUUGAUUUCAUCAGUCAACAGGUCUUUGACAUCUUCAUCAUGGUUUUAAUCUGCCUCAAUAUGGUGACCAUGAUGGUAGAAACAGACGACCAAAGCCCGGAGAAAGAGGAUUUCCUCUUUAAGUUAAACGUUGCCUUCAUCGUUGUCUUCACCGGAGAGUGUGUGUUGAAGCUCUUCGCGCUGAGGCAGUACUUCUUCACCAAUGGAUGGAAUGUUUUUGAUUUCAUCGUGGUCAUUUUGUCAAUAGCAGGUACAAUGCUGUCAGACUUAAUUGAGAAGUACUUUGUUUCCCCUACGCUCUUCAGAGUGAUCAGACUAGCCAGGAUUGGCAGGAUUCUGCGCCUUAUUAAAGGAGCUAAGGGUAUCCGGACGCUUCUUUUUGCCCUAAUGAUGUCCCUUCCUGCAUUGUUUAACAUCGGCCUUCUUCUUUUCCUGAUUAUGUUCAUCUUCUCUAUAUUUGGCAUGUCAAAUUUUGCCUAUGUCAAGAAAGAAGCUGGAAUUGAUGAUAUUUUCAACUUUGAGACUUUUGGCGGCAGCAUCAUCUGCUUGUUUCAGAUUACGACAUCUGCUGGCUGGGAUGGGCUUAUGCUUCCGAUUUUGAACAGGGAACCUCCAGACUGCGACCCUGAAUUUGAGAAUCCAGGGACGGACGUAAAGGGGAACUGUGGAAACCCGGGGAUGGGGAUGAUGUUCUUCUGCAGCUACAUCAUCAUUUCAUUCUUGGUGGUGGUCAACAUGUACAUUGCCAUCAUCUUGGAGAACUUCAAUGUGGCUCAAGAAGAGAGCGGUGACCCACUUUGUGAGGAGGACUUUGAGAUGUUCAACGAAACUUGGGAGAAAUUUGACUUGGAUGGAACGAUGUUUAUUGAGUACAGCCAGCUUUCAGAUUUUUGUGAUACUUUGCAGGAGCCUCUCAGGGUGGCCAAGCCCAACCGGCAUCAUCUGAUUAAAAUGGAUCUGCCCCUGGUUAUUGGGGACAGGAUCCACUGCUUGGAUGUAUUGAUGGCUGUCACACAGAUGGUAUUGGGAGAUACGGUGGAGAUGGCAGCAAUGCGAGAAAGCAUUGAGGCCAAGUUCGUCCUGAGCAACCCCACGAAGGACUCCUUUGCACCAAUUACCACAACAGUACGGCACAAGGAAGAGCAACAUGCGGCUGUCGUUCUUCAACGAGCUUACCGCAAAUACCUUCUGAAGCGCUGCAUAUGCCAUGCUGCUUUUAUGCACAGAUUGAAAAGGAUUGGUAGAAACAACAAAGGUGAGGAUCCUCCAGAGAAAGAAGGGUUGCUUGCACGUAGGCUGGGGGUUUUCUAUGGAAGUAAUACAGACCUUGCUGAUGAAAUGGAGCAAGAGGUUUUACUAACUGCAGCAAGCCAAGAACUCUUUAACACAAACUGCAAAGAGGUCCAGUGUGGUCAGGAGCCUCAUGUGCAGAAUGUGAUUGUUGUUCCUGUUGAAAUUACCAAUGCAGUGUUAUAACAUUCUGCCCCAUUUAUUAGAUAUCUGAGAGCACCACCUGUUUGAUAAACUGCUUAGAUAUUUUUUUCCUCUUGGUGUAUCUUUACCUGGAAAUAAACCCCCUUAUAUUUCAACAAGUGUUUACAGAUUUCCCACUUUAAACAUACAAAGUGUCCAAACCUUUCUUUUCUGUCAGCCACGUAAAAGAUUAAAGGCAUGGCCAUUAAAGGCGCGUUUUAAUUAAAGUUAAAGUCUGAGCUAAAGUUUCUUUUGAUACUGAUUAUUAAAGAAGAUAUGAGAUCAUUUAAAAAUGAUAUCCAAAAAUUCCCAAAAAAAAGCAAUCAACAAUAUGCAGCAAA